AUGGUCAGGGCAACAAACUCGCCCUUCAUUUCGGAGGUCUUGGAAUGCCCAGUGCCUUCGAAAUUUCGGUUGCCUCAGCUUGAACCGUUUGACGGACUUAAAGACCCUCAGGACCACUUCAACACCUUCAAGACGACGCUAGGCCUUCAACAACCUCCUGACAAGAUACUGUGUCGUUCCUUCCCCACCACUCUCAAAGGAGCAGCAAGAGAGUGGUUCACAAAGUUGCCAACUUCGUCCAUCGAUAGCUUCGAGCAGUUGAGCAACACCUUUUUACGCCACUUCGUCGGGGGACAAUGCCCUAAGAGGCCAACAGAUCACUUACUCACCAUUAGACAAGGGGAGAAAGAAACCCUGAGGUCAUACGUGAAACGCUUUACUCGGGAGACCUUGGAAGUAAAUGAAGUUGACGACAAGGUGCAGUUGACGAACUUUAAGGCGGGGUUGAAGUCCAGAGAGUUCGUGGUUUCACUCACGAAGAAUCCUCUAAAGACGAUGGCAGAGAUGCUCUUGAAAGCACAGAAGUACAUGAACAUUGAAGACGCAUUAGCUGCCAUAAAGGACGUAGAAAAGCAGGGAGACAUACGAAGAAAGGAGGACAAUCAUAGAGGACAAAAAAAUGAGCGUCCAAAUCGUCGGACCAAUGACAGGGGUAAAAGGAAAGACGAAAAAACCCCUCAAACGCCAAGGCCAUUACAUUCGUCCCCCAACGUCCGUGACAAGAAAAAGUACUGUCGGUUCCACAAGGAUCAUGGCCACUACACAAAAGAUUGCAGAGACCUAAAAGAACAGAUAGAGGAGUUUAUAGGGAAAGGGAAACUGCAGAAGUAUGUGAAAAAUGGAGAAUCCAGUAGAUUCAGAGAUGAUAACAAGAACCAGCGAGAAUUUUCACCCAAUGAUAAGGAUCGCAUGUCCCAACGCCCACCAAAUGUGAUCGGGGAGAUCAAGACGAUCACAAGUGGCCCAUCCACGGGUGGGUCAUUCAAAUCCCUCAAGAAAGCGUAUCAAAGGAGAAUCCUCGUGGAUAAUGGUAACUUGGCAAACAUCAUCUACCUCUCUACUUUCCAACAGCUGAAGCUAGAUCCAGGAAGUGAGGACUUACCUGAGACAGUUGACUCGCUAGCUGGACUUUUUGGUGGUAGACUGCCUUCAUCUUACAAUGUGAUCAUUGGGAGACCUACUCUUAACCACUGGAAGGCAGCCACAUCUACUUAUUGCUUGAAGGUAAAGUUCCCAAUAGAGAACAGUGUGGGCGAGGUGAAAGAAGACCAAGUAUUAGCCAGGGAAUGCUACCAAACAGUGUUAGCUACAAAAGAAAAUCAUACCUGGAUGAUCGAGGAGAAGGAGGAAGAUAAAGUGGAAGCCUUGGAGAUAGUGGAGUUGGUUAAAGGCAAGACAGCAAAAACAACCAGAAUAGGGACGACACUAAGUCCUGAGAUGAAGACGAGACUCGUCCAGUUCCUUAAAGAGAAACUGGAUGUCUUCGCAUGGAGUCACGAGGACAUGCCAGGUAUAUCCUCAAAAGUCAUCCAACAUAAGCUAAGUGUGGAUCUAGAGAUGAAAUCCGUCUAG